AGAAUAAAAUUCUGAAGUCUUUUCUUUUUCCUUUUUCUUUUUUAGAAAAAAACAUAGAGAUCUCUAUAGGGAAAGUGGUUGGUCAUAUGUGUAGGUAUUGGGUUACUGUCAUAUCUUGGUUAUUCUCUUUGCUAUCCUUCAUUCCUAGGAAUAAGUAUUCAUAUGCCCUAAGCCUCCUAGCCUCCUUGUCUGUGUUUUCUUCCAUCCCUCUAAUCCUUGGACUGCUUGCCUGCGCUGUUAAAUAUAUAUAAUCCAGAGAUCACUCUUGAUACUAGAGUUUUCCAACUCCUUUACUAGCUGGUGUUUCUGUCUUCAAACCAGAAAGAGAGAGAGAGAGAGGAGAGAGAGAGAGAAAGAGAGAGAGAGAGAGAGAGAGAUAUGGCAGCCACCUCUCAGUCCAUGUUAAACCAAGGAUUAUUUGAGGAGCAAGAGAUUCCUUCUACACAGAUGGGUUUCUUUUCUUUACCUCAAAACAUGUCCUUUCCUCAAUUGGGUAGUUGCCAUCAAUCUCUUAAAGGCAUAUUCACUAUACCUCAUUCACUUGCAGUUGAUGCACCCUCUUCUACUGCUAAUCUCACCGAAAUCCUACUCUCUUCAUCAUCAUCCACUGCUACGAAGCAAAGAGACGACUUUACUUCUAAUUUUGGAGGACCCCAUCUUCUUUCUCUGCAAAGAUCUAGUGCAAAUCUCUGGGCAUGGGGAGACGUAAAUGAAUGUUUAAGCAACAAAAGAAGCAGCGUAGAAGACGAUCAUCACCAUCACCAUCAUCUAGGGAUUUCUACAAUGAAAAUGAAAAAGAUAAAAGCAAGGAGAAAGGUAAGGGAGCCUAGGUUUUGCUUCAAGACAAUGAGCGAUGUAGAUGUGCUUGAUGAUGGUUACAAAUGGAGGAAGUACGGACAGAAAGUGGUAAAGAACACACUUCAUCCCAGGAGCUAUUAUCGCUGUACACAAGAUAACUGCAGGGUAAAGAAACGAGUGGAGAGAUUGGCAGAAGAUCCAAGAAUGGUGAUAACAACGUAUGAAGGGAGACAUGCACAUUCUCCAUCACAUGAUCUCGAAGACUCCCAAGCUCAAUCCCAGCUUAACAAUUUCUUUUUCUAGUUCUCUUUGUGUUUUUUUCUUUUCUUUCUCUUUUAAUUAAAGAUUACUUGAUUCCAAUAUGUUUGGAGCUUUGUUAGUAAAUUUGCUGCUUGUGUAAGAGCUUUUCCAUUAUUAUGUCUUUGAUUAAUAUACUACUUACUGUGUUCAAGGCAUGUAAAAAAUAAAACAGUAUAUCCAUGAAUUCAUAUAUGGCCGCAUUUCUAAGGCUUCCAUUUC